AUGAAGCCUUCCCGGACUUUGAUCGUGGUGUUGAUGAGCUUGACGUGUGUUAGCGAGCCCCCAUGCGGCGCUUUGGGCAGGAUGGCUCAGCCACUUGACGUUGGGCACGCUGACGAGGAAGAAAGCCGCAUCACACGAUUGGCUGCCUCGCGCAGGGCGCCCUUCAAGGCGGUCUUCGCCCACUCGUAA